UGUUGGCAGCACGUAUCCUCAGUUCAUUCUUAUGCUCAUUGCAUGAUCGCCCCACCGGGAACGACCGUUUCAGUUGUCUGUCGCGCACUCAGCGCAAUAUAGUCUCUCUUACUUAACGUCUGCCAUAAACUUCCAAGAAAAUAAAUUAAGUUUGUAAACUUUUAUUAUUUCAUCCCUCCCCUUUUAAGGGUCCAGCUGCCCCUUGGCCAGCUUUCAGCUCUGACCAUCUUCGUAGACCUCCUCAGCCCUGCAGCUUGCUAAACGAUUUCGAAAGUUUCUUUGAAGAUUGAACAGGUGCUGAGAAGAUUUAGAACCAGCCUGAUUUGAAUUCUAAGAUCCGGAUAAGCUAUGAACAUGCAUGGCUAGUACGUGUGUUGAUCUCCUUAGCCUGUAGAUUGCGGAGCUUGGUAUCUUACCAACCCUCUCCUUAUCGCGACUGAUUUGACUCACAAUGAGAAGGCGAAACCGAUCAGGGAUUGGACGAGGAAGCUCUAAUCGCAAGGGGAAGCAGCAACAACAACAGCAGCAGCAGCAGCAGCAGCAACAGCAACAGCAGAACAACAUGCCUAAAAACGUGCCCUCGAGGAAAGCCAAGCACGACGGUCAGAGAGAGUCAGAGUCCUCUUCAUUCCUCGACCUAUUUGGCAAAGGUUCGGCCAGGAUGGAAAACGGCGCUACGGCGCUUAUGUGCGUAGUAACGUGGCUGCUCUAUUGGAUCACGCUCUUGGCGGAUUUUGCCUACGAUGACAGCCGGGCUAUUAAGACAAAUCAAGAUCUAUUGCCCUCAACUCCUAUUGAAAAACUUUUCCUGAACGAUUUCUGGGGUACGCCCUUGACUCAUAGCGGAUCUCACAAGUCUUACAGGCCUCUAUGUGUCCUAACAUUUAGGCUAAACUACUGGCUGGGAGGCUUUACCCCAUGGGGUUAUCACUUCAUAAAUGUGUUCUUACACAUGCUGGUAUCGGUUGCAUUUACCAAAUUGGCUUAUUUGGUAUUUGCUAAAAAGCCUAUGCCGACUAUCAUAGCAGGUUUGCUUUUUACGGCUCAUCCUAUUCAUACAGAAGCAGUCGCGGGAAUCGUCGGCAGGGCAGAUGUAGGCGCUUGCCUUUUCUUUCUGCUGUCCAUAAUGCUAUACAUAAAAUAUUGUGAAUACCGGAGCAAGGAAGAGAGAUGCUUACGAAGAUGGUUCUAUCUUUAUGCUGCCUUGUUCUGCGCAGCUUGUUCUAUGCUGACAAAAGAACAAGGGAUAACAGUAUUGGGUGUCUGCAUUGUAUAUGAAUUGUUCGUGAGACAUCGGAUAUUUCCGAAAGAGCUUAGAUACGUGCCAUUACAGAAACAGUAUCAAAGUUUACGUGAAGGAUUAUUUCACUUGAUUGCAGCAACUAUAGCAUUGCUUGGUCUGAGAAUCCAUCUAAUGGGAAGCAAGCCACCCCAUUUUGCACCGGCUGAUAAUCCGGCUUCAGAUAGUGAUAGUAUAGUAACAAGGACUUUGACAUUCUUGUAUUUGCCAGCUUUCAACUUUUGGCUACUGCUAUAUCCAAGAUGGUUAAGCUUUGAUUGGUCAAUGGAAGCAAUUCCAUUGCUUACAUCCUUAGAAGAUGAAAGAAACAUCUACACUCUUGUAUUUUACGGAGGAUUAAUCUAUUUUCUUUACUGGAUCAUGAAAUCAUACGGCAAAAGGUGUUUGUAUAACAAUCCCUUCUGUUUAUCAAUUUCGAACGGAGGAAACUCUGACGACAGCCCAGGAUCUUCGGUAGCGAAUAACUUCCCAAAUGCAGUUGCUUCUGGGCAAUAUUGUCAAUGCACUUCUAAUAUGAUACAGAGGUUAACUGCUACGUCAUCUUCAAAUCAGGGUCACCACAACAGAGGACGGAAGAAUAACCAUCCAUCUCAUGGAAAUAACCAUCGUGCUAUAAAUGGCAAUGGACAUUUCAGUGGUGCAAACGGUAUGUUGGCAAAUCCAGAUAGUGAAUUGGGUCCACAUGUUGUACCGCCUAAAGCUAUCUGUACAAGCCCAACUGAUAUGGUAAUAAUGGCUUUGGCAUUGCUAAUUCUGCCUUUUAUCCCAGCGACAAAUUUGUUUUUUUACGUUGGCUUUGUUGUCGCAGAGAGAGUUUUAUACAUCCCUAGCAUGGGAUUCUGCUUACUUGUAGCUUUAGGCCUGGAUCACUUGUAUAGUAAACAAGAAACCCUUUUCAAAAAGCGCUUUAUAUUAGGAACUGUGGGCGCUUUUCUCCUUAUCAUGUCAUUUAGAACCGUCAUACGAAAUUGGGAUUGGAUAGAUGAGGAGUACUUAUACAGAUCCGGCAUCCCGGUCAAUCCUCCAAAAGCGUACGGAAACUUGGCAAACAUUCUGAGUGGACGAGGUGAAAAAGACGAAGCUGAGUGGGCGUACAAACAAGCUCUGAGCUAUCGUGCUAAUAUGGCAGAUGUUCGAUAUAACUUGGGCUUAUUAUUACAGGAACAACAGCGUUACGACGAAGCAUUAUACAGUUACAGAUUAGCCAUUUUCUUCAGACCCCGUUUGGCAAUGGCACAUCUAAACAUGGGUCUAGUACUCGGACAUCUAGGACGUAAGGACGAAGCCGUUGAGGUUUAUAAACGUUGCGCUGAACUAGACGGUUCUGGCUUGAAGGAUCCGAAGAAUCAUGAUACCACCAAGAUUUCAGCUUUGUUCAAUUUGGGAAGACUUUAUGCAGAUGAAGGAGAAUACGAGAAAGCAGUAGAGGUUUACCAUGAAGCAGUAAGAAGAAUGCCGGAUUACUAUCAAGCUCAGUCAUUGUACAACAUGAUGGGAGAAGCCUAUUACAAAAUGGGCAGCUAUGUAGAUGCUGAAUACUGGUAUAGAGAAGCCUUGAGAUCCAAACCUGACCAUAUACCCGCUCAUUUGACUUAUGCAAAACUUCUUUCAAAAUGGGGACGUCUUGAGGAAGCAGAACAAUGGUUUCUAAAAGCUAAAAAUAUUGCACCUAAUGACUCAAGUGUCUAUCAGCACUAUGGACAAUUCCUCGCCGAUUGCGAGAGAUAUUAUGAAGCCGCAGAUAUCUUUCUGAAAGCAGCAGAAUUUGCAUCCAAUGAAUAUGAAAUCAUUUUUAAUGCUGCUAAUACUCUGAGGCAAGCCGGUAGAAACGAGGAAGCGGAAGCUUAUUACAAAAGAGCCGUUCAACUGAAACCUAAAGAAGUCGCAAGUCAUAUGAAUCUCGGGGCGAUGUUGCAUGUGAAUAAUAAACUCCAAGAAGCUGAGCAAUCAUAUUUAAAAGCUUUGAAUUUAAGACCAGAUGAUCAAAUUACACGAAAUAAUCUUCAAAAGCUACAAAAUCUGAUACAACUUAAAAAAACUCGUGAAUGCAGGAACCAAAGUUUCUAUAAUAUCGACGAUAAUGCAUGAAGUUUUGAUAUUAUUUUACUACAUUCUUGACGAACCGUAAAAGAUUCAUGUAUCUGUGGACUAAAAUAUCUGUGUUUCCUCUUUCAAGAUGAUUGAAGAUGGUAUUACUGAUGUUACAUGCGUUUUUGAUACAUCGCUUGCGAUUUUUCUUUUCGUUGUUGGUGUAAACAUAAAUAUUCCUAGUAAGAUUGUUCUGAUCGUUGUUUACACGAUAAAUGUUUAUGUGUAAAGCACACGUAUAAAACUUCGUGAUACAGAUCUCAAUUCUUAAUGCGGAUUUCUUUAUACGUGAAGGAACAACAAUGUUCUGCAAAUCACUAUAAAGCAAAGAAAUUAUUUAUAUGAUAUUUGUACUAAAUUUCAGUUGUGGUAUUUUCCAUAGACCAGAAAUUGAAAUUUUGAACAGGAUUGGAUAAAACUUUAUCAUUCAAAGUUUAGUUUCAAAAUCCGUUCCCUUCAUUAUCAAGAAUUUUCUUUCAGGUGUCCUAAACUCUAAACACAUUGGUUGAGAUUCAAGAAUCUGAACAUAGCUAAUAAUUUUAACCAGACAAUAUAAUUGGUGCAACAAAUUUGAGAUCCAUAACUUAUGUAUUAUGUAACUAUGGAAUGAAACUGUCACUCAUCAAACAGACGCAAGAAGAUGUGGUUUCCUGACAAAAAUAAAUGAAAUGCACUUCUGUAAGUAAAUACACUCCCUAAUAUAAAUGAACUUAUCUACUGUCUUUUCAAAAAAAUUAUAUUAGAACUGGCAGUGUCUCUAGUCAUGGUUAUUGUUCACUUCCCAUAAAGGAAACUAGUUGUUCUCGAAAAGCACAACCAGUUUGAAAUGUCUUAGCGAACCAGUGUGAAAUUUGCAAUAUCGAAAGAGUUUGAGCACAUUCAAUUUAUGUUCACUUAUAGCGCUGGUAAUAAACAUUUUUUAACUUUAUCCAAACAGAUUUAUUAUCAGUGAAAAGAAAAGCAAGUCAUGUUAUUUAAUUACCAAAGAUACCACUAGUCUUGAAAAGGUAUCCAUUUCUUCUAUCGAACAUUUGCUGUGCAAUGUUGCGUGGAACAACCUUUUGGUUCUUGCAGUAUAAAUGACUUCGAUUGAGAAGAAGAGAAAGUGGUGCGAACCAUAAAAAACUUUUCAGCACGAACUUGCAAUGAGUUGUAUAGCAACAUUUUAUUAACCAGCGCUGAGAUUUUUGCAUGUUGCAAAAAGGACAACUGCAUUCAAAAUUCCUAUUCAUGAUUGAUGUAUCUUCGAAUAAGAGUAUCAAUAUAUGUGUGAAAUAUAUGUAACAAUUGAUUAUUGUGGAAUAUAUAUGCUUCAACGGGCAAGAAAAAAAGUUAAUACACUUUC